CUAUGAAGAUGGCGUUUCUGAAGAUGGUGCUCCUGUUUGCAUUCUUAUUGCUGUUUCUGAAGACUUAUUAUGUUUAUUCGUGGCUUGCUGGUAAAUGUUUUGUCUACGGUGAUGUGAAAGAGUUUCCUCUUACCACAUACUGUCCUGGAAAUAUUAACGGUGCUGAUUGUAAACACGUCACUGAUAUUAAAGAAGAUCUUCGUGGGCUUCCCUCAAACUUACUGAGUGUCUGCAUCCAGAUGGAUAGAGGCUGUCACGGUGUCUUGGCUCCAAACUCGUUCUCAAGUUUUGCAUCUCUGGAACAUCUUACAAUUGUUGGAGGUUUUUCAGAGAUCCCUGCGGAAGCUUUUAAUGGAUUAACGAAUGUAACUUCACUAGCAAUAUCUUCCUCCAAUCCAGAAAAGUGCUGUGAGGUAGCUCUUGAUUUCAGUUGCCUUCCCUCACUUACCAGUCUGUUUAUUUCACACUAUGAUUUAUCUUUACUGGCACAGAAUGUUUUUGACAAGAUUCCUCAUUUGGAAAAAUUACACUUGGGCAAUGUGUGUUUGAAUAAUAUUUCCGAGGUUCUCUGUCGACUGGCAAAUGUAAAAUCACUGAAGCAGUUUACUCUUGAAAGUGCGUUACAUAAACUUCAGCAUUCAAACUGUUCAGUUUUCAACACCUCUGACAUAUCAGCUGCAUUUAAUAUUGAAAAGGUGCAUUUGAAAUUGACCACAGUAGAGCAUGUGGAUGAAGGAGCUUUGAAAUGUUUUGGAAAGCUGUUCGUCUUUCAGUUUUUGGUUUCAAACACAGAUUUCCUCAAAGAUCUUUCUUUAAUUGGAGUACAUAAAAUCAGAACUUUGGAUUUCAAAAUGGAUGUACUUAAUAUUGCUGAUUUGUGUGUAGCAGCAAAGUUAUAUUCCAUUGAAAGAAUAUUUGUUUCUUAUGUGAUGAUUAAUUUGUCAGUGACUCCUACUAACAUGUCAGAUGGCUGUAAAUAUAUUAUGAGCAUUGCACUCAGUAAUGACUUAUCUGAAAAGAUUGACAACCUCUUAGAUGUUUACUCUCUAUUCCAGAUUUUCAGCAACCUCACCACUGUUACAAUACAAUAUCACAUGCUCAGAUCAAAUGAUUUUCAGUCUCUUUGUGCUUCAUUUCCACAGGCAGUCAAACAGCUUUCUGUUAUGAUUCUAAAAAAUAAUAAGAUGGAAAAGAUAGUUUCUCACCAAUUUAUGUGUUUUCCAAAUCUUGAAACACUGAAGUUUGUAACAAGCAACAUUUAUGGCAUUGAAGAUUUUGCUUUCAUUGGACUGAACAAGCUGAAAGAGUUAAACCUCCAUAGCAACAAAAUAUCUUCUAUUCAUCAACACACAUUCAGUGGCUUACAUGAACUGAUGGUUCUGAAUCUCCAAGCAAAUCCAAUAAUUCACAUUGAGCCGGAAUCAUUUGGACAUUUUAUUAACCUUAGCUCACUUCUGUUGGGAGAUCUCAACUUCCCUCCUGACAUGUCACUGAUCAAGCUGAAUUUAUCUGAUAUAUUUGGAGGAAUUCCAUAUAAUUUGAGUAAUGCGUUCAUUAGUUCAGGACUGAGACCAAUGCACCUUGUGAUUGGGAGUAAUACCACACUGACUAAUGGGCUAAACUUGCACAUCAAAGGUCAAUAUGUGAUUGUUGAAGACUGCAAUAGUUUACUUUUAACAUCUGUAAUCACACUUCAGAUAAAUGCAGCAUAUAUGAUCUGUGAAAAUGAAUUCAUUGGGAAAUAUGUCCCAUCAGUCGUCAGUCUGGAAUUUCAGUCAGUGUUCGCUGACAAUAUUGGAGACUUGUCUGUAAUUAAUCAGCUUGUUCAUUUAAAAACCCUAAAACUGGAAAACAUUGAUUUAACAAAUCAGCCGAACACAGCCAUAAUGUUUCACAAUCUGACGAAACUACAGAAAAUGGUUUUGAUGAAUUGCAAAAUAUACUUUCUGGAUAAAAGUGUGACCAAAGACCUAAAGGCACUGACAAGUCUAGUUCUAAUACCAAAAGAAGCUGUCAAUAUCAUUCAAAAUUUUGUGGAACAUCCCACUCAUUUAAAGUACCUCCAUUUUCAAUGCUUUGAUCUGUAUUGCAGUUGUGAUAAUGCAUGGCUGGUAUCGUGGAUAAGGGACAACAGGAAGGUGGAGGUUGUCAUGUCAAACCCCAGCAUGCAAGAUUUGCAGUGUUUCAUUGGCAAUGAAGUUGACCACCUUAAUUUUCUCAGCUAUGUCAAGGAGAACUGCUCAUUUGAUCUUGAAUUUGUGUUCUUCGCCUGUUCUUCUGUGUUUUUGUGCAUCUUUAUUGUUGUGGUAUUGAUGUAUAAAUUCGUAGGCCAGUACUUCAAGCCGUUCUAUCACAUCGCCAGUGGAUGGUUUCGAGAGGCUUUGCGAAUGAAGGAGAAACCGCAGUACCGCUAUGAUGCUUUCGUGUCUUACAGCAGUAAGGAUGAGCACUGGAUCAUAGAGGAACUUCUUCCAAACUUAGAGCAACGCGGGCCUCCAUUUUUGCGUCUCUGUCUGCACAGUCGGGACUUUCAGUUGGGACACGACAUUGUGGAAAACAUCACAGACAGCAUUUACGCAAGUCGCCGGACUCUUUGUCUCGUCAGUCGCAACUACCUCGAUAGCAACUGGUGCUCACUGGAGAUGCAGCUGGCCACCUACCGGCUCCAGGUAGAACACAGAGACAUUCUUAUCCUGGUCUUCCUAGAAACCAUUCCAUCUCGCUCGCUUUCCUCCCAUCACAGACUGGCCCGGCUGGUAAAAACUAGGACCUAUCUGGACUGGCCACAGGACCCGGAGAUGCAUGAAGCAUUCUGGGACAGGUUGUGGUGUAAAUUGAGCUCUAAUAAAGCCAACUAG